AUGCAGUCUGGCAACUCUUCUCCUAAGCCGAGCACUCCCAACGCUCAGAUCCGCUCCAUCGCUAUCUCCGACCUCUCGCCUCCCAACUCCCAAGGCGUCCCUCUGCCUGUCGAUAUGCCCACUGUCGCUCCUUCUGCUUCCGGCGCAAACAUGAACGGAAAACGUCCCAUCUCCUCCAUCGACCAGUCUCAAGAGUCACAAGGCGGUGUGCCUCUCAGCGCCGCCAUUCCCACCGAUGCCUCAGUCAAGGCUGCCGCUGCCUACCGCUACACCCAACCAGAAGAUGCGCCUGGCUAUGCCUGGAACAAUAAAAAGGCCCAGGAUGACUUCAGCCGCGCUUGGGACUCACUCGUCGACAAGAACCGUAGAAUCGGCAGUAUGUUUCCCCACCACCGAAAGCGCUAA